AUGCAUGUCAGCCCGUCGUGGCUGACGCUAACUCGCUCACUUCAUCCAGUACUUAUAUGUCUAACCCGCUCCUACCAGACUGCGCCAGGCUCAGCACUAAAUUUCAUCCCCUGCUACCAGGACUAUCUAUGUGCACGUCUCGAAGUUCCCCUAGACUGGUCAGCUAGUGCCAUUGAAAAUAAAACGGCUGCCCUGGCCGUCAUAAAACUGCCUGCACAGGUAGAUCCUGCCGACGAGCGUUACGGUGGCUCCAUAAUCGUGAACCCAGGUGGCCCUGGCGGGUCCGGCGUGCAGGAAAUACUUAACCGAGGGAAAGAAAUCCAGCGGACUGUAGACAGCCCCGAUGAUGCACAGCAAUCUCGCUAUUUCGACAUUGUGUCCUUUGACCCCCGAGGCGUGGGAAAUACCAUUCCUCCCUUAACCUGUUUUCCUGAUCUGCUGUCUAGUUACCUCUGGAAUGAGGCUGUGCAAGCUCAUGGCUUGGUAGGUAGCUCCGAACACGCAGCGGAUCUUCUUUGGGCCCGCAUGCAGGCCCUAGCCACAUCGUGUACAGAUUCCUCUAAGGACAAUGCGGAUAUUGGCCCGUACAUGAAUACCUGA